UACCUAUCACACUAAAAUAAUUAAAGUAAAGCCGAUAACGUUGUUAAGUAGUUUUACGCUUUACGUACGGACGCGCUGCGAGCGCCAGUCUAAUCCCAAACAUCAUGGACAUCCCUAAAUGAAAUUAAUAAAUCGUUCGUUUUGUCUGUCACUUUUGUGGUUAUGUAGUAAAUAGUGAUUACCUACUCUGUUAUCUACUGUAUAUUUAGUAAAUAAAAAUGUUAUUAAUUCUUAUAUCAUAGCGAUAUUUAGAUCUGUAAAUGCCAAAGUGAGUUAUUUAAUAGUAGAAAAUUAAAGCUGAUUGUUAUGAUCAUCUCUCAGAUUACAUGUUCUAAUGUGGAAAAUUGGUGGCCUAAGGAUGCCCGAGGGAGUGACUGCAGGGAGACUUGAAGGAGUAAAGUCAAGGAGUGCCUGCAGCAUGGUGGCAGUGGUGCUCGGGCGGUGACGCGCACGGCGGCAUGGCGGCGCGGGAGGGUCGAGAGGGCCGCGAUGCGGCCGAGGACGCGGCGCAGCACGGCCAGCCCGACGCCGUGCUGCUGGCGCCGCUCACCGAGGACACCUUCCUGCACAACCUGCACGUGCGCUACAAGCGGGACAUCAUUUAUACGUAUGUGGGGAACACACUGGUGUCGGUGAACCCAUGCCGGGCGCUACCGCUGUACUCGGCGGAGCUGGUGCGUGCGUACCUGGCGCGCCCGCCCUACACGCUGCCGCCGCACAUAUACGCUAUCGCGGCGACGGCGUAUCGCUGGGUGCGCGACCGCGGCGAGUACCAGUGCAUCGUGAUGACGGGCGAGAGCGGCGCGGGCAAGACGGAGGCGGCGCGCGUGUGCCUGCAGUGCGUGGUGCUGGCGGGGGCGGGGGCGGGGGCGGGCGCGGGCGCGGGCGCGGGGGCGGGCGGCGCGCUGACGGCGGCCGGCACGCUGCUCGAGGCCUUCGGCAACGCCGCCACCGCGCGCAACCACAACGCCAGCCGAUUCACGCGGGCUAGCGGCGCGGGCGUGUGCGCGGGCGAGCGCAACUUCCACGUGUUCUACCAGCUGCUGGCCGGCGCCGACGCCGCGCUGCUCAAGCGGCUGCGGCUGCAGCGCUCGUGGGAGGCGUACGGCGUGCUCAGGGGCCGCGGCCGCGAGCCUGCGCCAGCGCCGCCCGACAGGCAGGACAGAGACCACUUCUCCUUCACCAAGGCGGCCAUGAGCGCGCUGGGCGUGGGCGGCGCGGCGCGGGGCGGCGUGUGGCGCCUGCUGGCCUUCCUGCUGAAGCUGGGCAACGUGGGCUUCGAGCCGCACCACAACAUCGACGGCUCGCUCGGCGUCCGGCUCACGCACGCGCACGAGUUGGAGGAGGCGUGCGCGCUGGUGGGCGUGUGUGCGAGCGAGCUGGCGGCCGCGCUGGGCGCCGCGCCGCCCGCCGCGCAGGCGCCGCACGUGCCGGACUCGUCCACGACGGAGUCGUCGGACUCGUCGCAGGCGUCGGGCGGGUCGUCGCCGGCGUCGUGGAGCGGCGCGUGGGCCGCGUGGGGCGCGGAGGCGGCGGGCGACGCGGAGUGGGCGCGGGCGCGGCGGGACCGGCUGCUGGGCGCCGUGUACGCGCGGCUGUUCACGUGGCUGGUGGGCGCCGCCAACGCGCGCCUACAGGGCGGCGCGGGCGGCGCGGCGCUGGGGCUGCUGGACGUGUACGGGCUGGAGGCGCUGGCGCACAACGGGCUGGAGCGGCUGCUCAUCAACUACGCGGCCGAGCGCGUGCAGGCGGCCGCGUGGCGCGCGGCGCAGCGCGACCAGGCCGAGUACGAGCGCGAGCUGCUGCCCUACGAGCCGCUGCGCCUGCCCGCCUGCCCCACCGCCGCCGACCUGCUGGACCAGGGCGCGGACAGCGUGUUGGCGCUGAUCGAGAGCGAGGGCCGCGGCGCGGGCGGCGGGGCGCGGCUGGUGGCGCGGCUGCAGCAGCGGCGCCACGCGCGCCUGCUGGCGCUGCCGCCGCACCACUUCCAAGUGGUGCAUUUCGGCGGGCCGGUGGUGUACUGCGCGCGCGGCAUGCCCAGCAAGAACCGCGACGCGCCGUGCCGCCGCGCCGCCGCGGCGCUGGCGCGCGCGCACGAGCCGCUGCUGCGCGCGCUGUUCGCGGCGGGGGCGGGGGCGGGGGCCGGGGGCGGGGGCGGGGGCGGGGCGGGCGGCUCCCCGCGGCGCGGCGGCGGCGGGCUGGCGGCGCGGCAGCGCGCGCUGCUGGGCGCCGUGCUGCGCCGCCUGCCGCCGCAGCCGCGCCUGGUGCGCUGCCUGCGGCCCGACGCGCAGCUGCGCCCGCACCGCUUCGACGCGCCCCUCGUGCGACACCAGCUGCGCACCCAGGGGAUCGUGGAGAUGGCGCUGGUGCGGCGCGGCGGCUGGUGCGAGGCGUGGUGCGCGCGCAGCGUGCUGCGGCGCUACGGCGUGCUGGGCGGGCGCGGGGCGGGGGCGGCGGCCGGGGCGGGGGCGGGGGCGGCGCCCGACUCGUCCCCGGGCGCGGCGGUGCGCGCGGCCCGCUCGCUGCUGCGCUCGCUGCCCAUCCCCAGCGCCGAGUUCGCCUUCGGACGCACCAAAGUGUUCAUUCGCAGUCCUCGCACGGUGUGGGAGCUGGAGGCGCUGCGGGCGGCGCGCGUGGCGGCGCUGGUGACGGGCGUGCAGCGCGCGUGGCGGCGCCGGCGCGGCGCGGCGCAGCGGCGGGCCGCCGGGCUCAUCGCGCGCGCCUGGCGGGCGCACCGCGCGCGCCGGGGGGCGGGGGCGGCGGGGGCGGGCGCGGGGGCGCGGGCGCGCGCGGCCGCCGUGCUGUGGCGCGCGUGGGCGGGCGCGGCGCGGCGCCGCUACCUGCGCGCGCUGGCGGCGCGCCUGCCGCCGCGCCACGCGUCGCCCGCGUGCGCCGCGUGGCCCGCGUGCCCGUGGCCGGCGCUGCUGGGCCGCGCCGACGAGCUGCUGCGCCGGCUGCACCACCGCUGGCGCUGCGAGCGCUACCGCCGCGCCUUCGACCAGACGGCGCGCAACCGCAUGCGCGAGAAGGUGACGGCGUCGGUGCUGUUCCGCGACCGCAAGGCGCUGUACGCGCGCAGCGUGGCGCACCCGUUCGUGGGCGACUACGUGCGCCUGCGCGCGUCGGCCGCGUGGCGGCGCGGGCCGGGCGCGGCGCAGGAUCGCUACGUGGUGUUCGCGGACGUGGUGCGCAAGCUGGCCCGCGCCGGGCCGCGCACCACGCGCGUGCUGUGCGCGCUCAGCACGCACGCGCUGCUGCUGCUGGACGCGCGCUCGCUGCGCGUCAAGCGCCGCGUGGCGGCCACCAGCGUGUACCGCCUGUCGCUGUCGCCGCUGCACGACGACCUGCUGGCCGUGCACGUGCGCGCGGGCUCGGGGCUGGAGAGCUCGACGGAGGAGCUGUCGCAGUGCUCGGCGCGGGACGCGGAGGCGGCGGCGGGCUGCCUGCUGGGCGAGGCGCGGCGCCGCGGGGACCUGCUGCUGCGGGCCGUGCACGUGCUGGAGCUGGCCACCAAGCUGUUCCUGGUGGUGCAGAACGCGUGCGGCGCGCCGCCGCAGGUGCGCGUGGCGCCGUCGUGGGACGUGGCGCUGGCGGCCGGGCCGCUCACCGUGGCCGUGCACGCGGCGCAGCCGCCCGCCGCGCCCGCCCCGACGCCCCGCCUCGUGCGCCGCGGCAGCCGCCUCGACGUGCUGCUCUAG